AUGGGAGUGCUAAGGUUCAAGUAUAUCUUCUUUAGGAGCUUUGUUGGGUCCGGUGGAGCAUUUCAGGUUGUGUUCAUCUUCCUUCUGAUCCCAUGCUGCUUCACUAAGGACUACAGAGCAACCCCUAUGCUCCCCAAUGUUUCUUACCUCUGGGCCUGGAAUGCCCCAACUGAGCCUUGUCCUAAGAAGUUUCAUGUGUCGAUAGAUUUGAGCCUCUUCUCUUUAAUAGGAAACCCCCAAAAAGAUGCUGUAGGACAACCUGUCAUAUUAUUUUAUGUUGAUAGACUUGGCCAUUAUCCUCAUAUAGAUAAGAACGGCAAAAAAGAGCACGGAGGAAUCCCCCAGCUAGGUGACACACAAUCGCAUCUGGCUAAAGCUGAGAAAGACAUUGAGUUUUACAUACCAAAAGACCAGCUGGGCUUGGCCAUCAUUGAUUGGGAAGAAUGGCGACCUAUCUGGGCAAGAAACUGGAAACCUAAAGAUAUUUACAAGAAUGAGUCUAUUCUGCUGGUUCAGCGACAACAUCCAGCAUUUACUCUCGAAGAAGCCACCGAUAAAGCCAAAGAAGAGUUUGAAAGAGAUGGAAGGAAAUUCAUGGUAGAGACUUUGAAAUUGGGAAAAAAACUUCGACCGAAAUACUUAUGGGGUUUUUAUCUUUUUCCUGAUUGUUACAAUCAUCAAUAUACUAAACCCAAUUACACUGGGGUGUGCUUUGAUAUAGAAAAGAAAAGAAAUAAUGAACUCAACUGGUUGUGGAAUGAAAGCACUGCCCUUUUCCCAUCCAUUUAUUUGAAUACCCACUUAAUGAAUUCUCCUAAGGCUGCACCCUUUGUCCGGAACCGUGUUAAGGAAGCCAUUCGGGUUUCUGUAGUACUCAAUGAAAAAAGUCCACUUCCGGUUUAUAUAUAUACUCGCCCAGUUUUUACUGAUGAUUCUUCAAAAUACCUAUCUCAGGAGGACCUUAUACAUACACUUGGUGAAACCAUUUCUCUAGGUGCCUCUGGACUUAUAAUCUGGGGCAGCUUCAAUUUAAGCCAUAGUGUGGACACCUGCAAAAAACUACAUGAUUACAUGAUUACAACAAUGAAUCCUUACAUAAUCAAUAUCACCCUAGCAGCUCUAAUGUGUAGCCAGGUGUUUUGCCAGGAGCAAGGUAUGUGCACAAGGAAAGAUGCAGAUUCCAGUGCAUAUCUCCAUCUGAACUCAAAGAAUUUCGUCAUUGGAAGUUUCGGAAAUGGAACAUUUAGAAUAUUAGGGACACCCACGAUGGAAGACCUGAAACAGUUUGCUGAACAUUUUCAGUGCAGCUGCUAUUCCAACACCGACUGUGAGAAGGAAGUUAAUUUCACACAAACAAUUGCUAUCGAUGUAUGUAUGAUAGAAGAUGUUUGUAUAAAAGCCAUUGUAAAGUCGAAAAAUGAAAUAUUCCAUUCAAGUGCAAGUCUAGUGCUCUUUUUAUUAUUUUUAAUUGUUUUGGAAAACGAAUACUUUGGCAUGCAAACAAGACUUUGA